AUGGGACCUCAUCAUCAUCAUUUCCAUCAUAGUUCAGACCUGGCCAAACUUUGCAAUCUCGGAGCACUGUCAACAGUAAUACCAGUUUAUAAAAGUGGUGACAAGUUUGACAUUAAAAAUUUCAGACCUCUACCAUUAUUACCUGUACUUUCAAAAAUAAUUGAAAGAAUAAUGCAUGACGGAUUGCUAGACUUCCUAAACAAAAAUAAAAUUCUUGUAAAUGCACAGAAUGAUUUCAGAAAUGGUAAAUCUACACAAACAGCUCUCUUCAGUUUCCUAAAACUUGUUUACAAAGCUGUUGAGGACAAGGAACUGAUCUGUGGGUUGCUUAUGGACCUUUCCAAAGCAUUUGAUCUUAUAAAUCAUAAUCUACUGCUGUUAAAAAUUUAUAAUUAUCAUGUCUGUGGUAUUUCCUAUGAGUGGUUCAAGUCAUUCUUAACUGAAAGGAAACAGAGUACAAAUUACUCAGGAUGGAAAUGUGUACCAUUCUGA